GGCCGGGCGGAGGAGGGCGGUGGGUGGUGCUGAAGGGACAGCUCCGCGGCGGCGGCAGCGGCGGCGUUGGCGGCGGCGGCCCCGGGGCGCGGAGCGGGUGCCCGGCUUGGGGAGCGGCGAGCGCAGCCAUGCCCCAGGCCGCCUCCGGGGCAGCAGCAGCGGCGGCCGGGGCCGGGGCGCGGGCCGGGGGCGCCGGGGGGCCGGCGGCGGCUCGGGCGGGACGAUGAAGCGGCAGAACGUGCGCACGUUGGCGCUCAUCGUGUGCACCUUCACCUACCUGCUGGUGGGCGCCGCGGUCUUCGACGCGCUCGAGUCGGAGCCCGAGAUGAUCGAGCGGCAGCGGCUGGAGCUGCGGCAGCAGGAGCUGCGGGCGCGCUACAACCUCAGCCAGGGCGGCUACGAGGAGCUCGAGCGCGUCGUGCUGCGCCUCAAGCCGCACAAGGCCGGCGUGCAGUGGCGCUUCGCCGGCUCCUUCUACUUCGCCAUCACCGUCAUCACCACCAUCGGCUAUGGCCACGCGGCGCCCAGCACCGAUGGCGGCAAGGUGUUCUGCAUGUUCUACGCACUGCUGGGCAUCCCGCUCACACUCGUCAUGUUCCAGAGCCUGGGCGAGCGCAUCAACACCUUCGUGAAGUACCUGCUGCACCGCGCCAAGAGGGGGCUGGGCAUGCGGCGCGCCGACGUGUCCAUGGCCAACAUGGUGCUCAUUGGCUUCUUCUCCUGCAUUAGCACGCUGUGCAUCGGCGCCGCCGCCUUCUCCUACUACGAACACUGGACCUUCUUCCAGGCCUACUACUACUGCUUCAUCACGCUCACCACCAUCGGCUUCGGCGACUACGUGGCGCUGCAGAAGGACCAGGCGCUGCAGACGCAGCCGCAGUACGUGGCCUUCAGCUUCGUGUACAUCCUCACGGGCCUCACGGUCAUCGGCGCCUUCCUCAACCUCGUGGUGCUGCGCUUCAUGACCAUGAACGCCGAGGACGAGAAGCGCGACGCCGAGCACCGCGCGCUGCUCACGCGCAACGGGCAGGCGGGCGGGGGCGGCGGGGGCGGCGGGGGCGCGGGCGCGGGCGGCAGCGCGCACACCACGGACACCGCCUCGUCCACUGCCGCGGCCGGGGGCGGCGGCGGCGGCGGCUUCCGCAACGUGUACGCCGAGGUGCUGCACUUCCAGUCCAUGUGCUCGUGCCUCUGGUACAAGAGCCGCGAGAAGCUGCAGUACUCCAUCCCCAUGAUCAUCCCGCGGGACCUCUCCACGUCCGACACGUGCGUCGAGCAGAGCCACUCGUCGCCCGGAGGGGGCGGCCGCUACAGCGACACGCCCUCACACCGCUGCCUGUGCAGCGGGGCGCAGCGCUCGGCCAUCAGCUCCGUGUCCACGGGCCUGCACAGCCUGUCCACCUUCCGCGGCCUCAUGAAGCGCAGGAGCUCCGUGUGAACGCCCCCGCGGGGGCCUGGAGCGCCUGGGAGUGGCGGGGGGCGGGGGGCGGGAGGAGGCCCCAUGGGAUUCUCCCCACACCCCUCACACCCUCCCCCCCCCCCCGUACCCCCAUCUCCAACUGUGCCUGCUCGCGCACCAGCUGGCAGGAGCCCGGGCUCUGAGGAUGUCUCCGGACAUCCGUGCCCUGCAAAUUCCAAGAAAUGUGAAAGGUGGGGGGUGGGGGGUGGGGGAGGGAAGGGAGAAGCUGGGAGCCUCCCAUCCCUCUGGAAAUCUAAGGAGCUCCCCAGUUCUCAGAGGCCCUGCUGGUACCCAGACUACCCCCCCACCGACCUCCUCCAUCCGGAGGGAACUUCGUGUUCCGUGUAAGUUUGCAUCUCUAUUUAUACCUCUGUCCUGCCAGGUCUCCUACCUUCCCGAGGCUUCAAAGGCCAGGGUGUCUUUGUUCAGGUCACCCCCACUCAGCCCCACUCCCCAUCCUCAUCCCCAGCUGUGUCUCCCAACCUCCCACUACCUUUUGUGUUGUUUUGCAUGGCUUUGCAGUUAAUGGAGAAAGUGGAAACCCAGCAGUCCCUAGAGCUAGUCCCCAGAAGGCAGGCAGACUGAAACAAGAACAGGCAGGCUGUAGGAGGGACAGGGAAGGGAGGGGAAGGAGAGCCCCCACCCCCAGUCUGCAGGGUGGUGGAUGAGAGUUCACUGGCUUCCAACCACAUCGGGCUAAGACAAGUGCAGCCUCAGACACUGCCCUUAGAAUCAAACAGGACACUUCACCCUCGCUGUCCCCAGACACUACUGACGACGACCAGCUCUUCAAUCUGCAGAAUGAGUUUCAGCCUUUGAACACCCUGUCCUGACUACUCAUUCAUUCUCACAGCGCCCUGGUUAGAUCAUCAGGGCAGGAGUUCUCACCCCCAUUUCACAGAUGACACGGACACCCAGACAGGCGACUUGCCUUGCCCAGGGUGACACAGAUGGCAAGAGGCCCAAGGGAACGAGAAUCCAGGCUGCUUGUUCUGAGCCUCGGCUCCCUUUCCUUCGGACUCCUCUGCCGGCUGCUGAAAGCGAGGCUCCUGCCUAGCGCACCCAGGCAUUGUAUGAGCCCCUGGGGCUUCAACCAGAACCAGACCUCAGGAUGGAGCUGGUGUCAGGGCUGCGACACCCCUCCCCACACUCUAUGCGACCUGGCAGAAGGCAGGCCUUCUGAAUGGGCCCCUGAGGCUGGAUAGGAGCCCUCAGUUCCUGGACUGCCUGCUUACAGACCAAGAAGCAGGCCUGAGGCUCAUGGAAGAAAGGCUAGGAGCCAGGCCUGUGGGAGUUGGGGAAUGGGGCAGAAUGAGCUAGAAAUGUUAGGCGCAUCCUACUGGGACAUCAUCCCUGGCUGCGCAGCUGGUACUGGUGCCUGUGUCCCAGGUAGUGGAGAUAAAUUAAGGCUGUAGCAAGGACCGCCCCUUCCAGGUAGGGAGUUUGGACCUGGCGGGCCUACUGCCUACCCCGCCUGCAUCCAGAAACCUCGGGCGCAGAGCUGCAGAGGGAGGUGAGGCCCUAGACGCCACUGUUGGGUCCAUAGCUAGAGUUGGCCCCAUGUCUCCGGGCAGCCUCAAGGGGUGGGCAGGGGCGCCUCUUCCCAUUCAAGACUGCCCCCCCGUGUUGUGCCCGUGUCAGCCCUCCACCACGGCUGAGCAAGAUCAGCCCAGGUAUUCGGGGAAGCAGGAGUGGGGGACCCACAGGGCACUUGGCCUUAGCCAAACCCCUGCCACGGGUUCCAGCCUUUGGGAACCCCGAGAGAGGAGCAGUCUAGCCUGUGUGUGAGUCCUGUCUCUGUGUGGAGUUGCUGGCUGGCUGCCCAAGUGCCAAGGAGAAGAAGGCCCGGGCCCCGGGGUGCCCUCUGUGUCUCUGUGUGGGGGUGCGGGGCAGUGUUGGCUGCCUCUGUCCUGUGUGUGACCCUGCCCUCGAGGGGUCCUGUCCCGUCAGUCCCGAGGGAGCCACAACCAAAGUCGCAGGGAGAUGGUGAGGAAGGAGGCCCAGGGUCCUCCACAGAGCACGGCAGACUGCUCGGUCUCCAGCUGGGUGUUUCCCAGGCAGCUGGAAGGCCAGCGUUGCUUCCCCCCUCACGCCCUCCCACUGCAGGCAGCCUCUCUGCUUCCCCAAUGCCUUAUGCCUGGGCACACUGCCACAGAAUAUGCAAUACGUGUGGGUGAAGGCCCCCACGCCCACACCCCACCCCGGGCAGCCCCUGGACCCCAAAGGCUACGGCUGCCACAGCCUCCCUUCCGCCCCUCCUGCCUAUCUGUCUUCACACUGAGAAUGGCGUCUAAUAAAUGCUGUCCAUGGA